AUGGAUUGGAUUUUAAUGGGAAAACUAUUUGAUCGUAUUGAAAAUGGGGAAAAUGUAACUAAUGCCGUCGCAGUGACUUCUUUAUUAAUUCACACAUCGGAGAUUGAAAAUUUGUGGAAAUUAGAUUUAUUGGGAAUUCAAGACCCUGUUGAAACAAAAUGUAGAAAAGAAAUGAAAAUUGCCGCAUUGAAUCAUUUUAACCAAACUGUUACCUUUAAAGAGGGAAGGUAUGAGAUUCAGUUGCCUUGGGUAACAGAAAAGGACUGUUUAAGUCAAAAUUUGGAUAUUGCCAAACAGCGUUUAAACAGUACGACACACCGGUUGAUACAAAAGGGAAAAUUCGAGGAUUACGAAAAUGUUUUCACAGAUGAUUGGUUAAAUGAAGGAAUUAUAAAGGAAGUUCCUGAACACGAAAUGAAUAAUCAGUGUCACUAUUUACUACAUAAAGGGGUAUUCAAAGAAACUUCGACCAUGAAAUUGCGACCGGUUUUUGAUGCUUCCUGUAAAGAUAAAAAUUCGCGCUCACUUGAAAAGGGUCCAAAUUUGCUGGAACAAAUUAUUCCUAUAAUUUUAAGAUUUCGCAAGAAUAGAAUAGGAGUUAUUUCAGACAUACGAAAGGCAUUUUUGAAAAUGUCAGUGAAUAAGAGUGAUCGAGAUUUCUUACGAUUUUUAUGGUGGAAAGACUUUGACAAGGAAGAAUUUAGAGUUUUUAGACAUAAACGCGUUGUUUUUGGAUUGAAUUGCAGUCCCUUUUUAUUGGCUGCUGUAUUAAGCCAUCACAUUGAUCUAAAUUCGUCUAAAUAUCCUGAAACAGCGGAAAAUUUAAAAAAAAAAUCAUUCUACGUAGAUAAUUGCAUUACAUCUGUUCCUGAUGAAGAGACACUUACGCAAUUCAUCGAGGAAUCGAAACAAGUAUUAGAUUCUGCGUCAUUCGAUUUGAGAGGGUGGGAGCACACUUCUCUUUUGAAAUCUGAGGACAGUAUAGAACCUACUCCUGUAUUGGGAAUUUUGUGGGAUAAGGAAGAUGAUAGCCUUUUCUGUGAGGUGAAGACUGAUACUUACAGACCAGUGAAUCUUACUAGAAGAAAUAUAUUGUCUGCGGUACAUCGCAUUUUCGACCCCAUGGUUUUUGUCUGCCCUAUAACGCUAACACCUAAACUACUCAUACAAAAGACAUGGUUGUUAAAAACUGGUUGGAAUACAAAUAUACCCGAAGACUUAGGAAAAGAGUUCUAUUCGUGGAUUGAUGAUUUGUCACUUUUAUCCAGUAUUAGAAUUCCAAGGGCUUUAGAUGUAAACGGAAAUGAAAGUCUUAGUCUUCAUACGUACUGUGACGCAAGUAAACAAGCCUAUGGAUGUGUGAUUUAUUUAAGAAAAGAAACAAGUGAAAAUGUAUCAGUGUAUUUUCUUCUAGCCAAAAGUAGAGUGAGUCUAUUAAGGAAAAUGACCAUAAAACGUCUAGAAUUAUUAUCCUGCUGUAUAGGAGUCAGAUUCGCAGCUCUUGCUUUACAAACACUCAAAUUAGACAACGUUCCAAGGAACUAUUGGACAGAUUCGAGUACUGCUCUUUCUUGGAUAAAAAGAGAUGACCAUUGGGCGCCAUUUGUCGCAAAUAGAGUAAAAGAGAUACGAAAAUUGUCAUCGGAAUCUGAAUGGCGUCACAUUCCAGGAAAUUCGAAUCCAGCAGAUAUACCAUCACGAGGGUGUUCGAUUAAGAGUUUUGUGAAAUCUCGCUGGUGGCAAGGGCCAGAAUGUCUUAUGAAGAACGAGAAAGAGUGGCCAACUAGUGAAGUGAUUACUAACGAAGAAGAAAUUAUGAAAGAAAAGCGAAAGAACAUUAUUUCGACUUUGGCUAAUAUCACCGCUGAAAAAUGGUAUCUGAUUUGCUUUUCAAGUUUAAAAUUGUGA